AUGGCUCCCCUUACACGCCCGUUGUCUCCGUCGUCAUUCCUGGCUCAAGGUGGCUUCGAUCUUCGAAGGGCACGUUUUUCGGACCUCUCCGCCGCGGCACGUGUGUGUUCCCUUGCUUUCGACGACGACGUCCUCUUUGGCCGCCUAAUCCAUCCUUAUCGGAAGUCGUAUCCUGGCGAUGUCGACAAGUAUUGGUAUCGCCGGUUCGUCGUCGACUGGUGGGACCGCAGCCACAUUUUCCUUGUCACGACAGUACCUGCUGAGGGUGGGCGCGGGGAGAUCGUGACUGGGGUCGCACAUUGGAGCCGGAUAGCUCCAAGCUGGAAGGAGAAUUAUGAGGCUGGUUGGGGAUACGCCUGGUGGGAUCCAAGACGUUUGCUUCGACCCAUAGCACAACUGGUUGUGCGGCUUGUUUCAUGGCUUUCGCCGAAUCGCGCGGCAUCACCGAAGGACGAGAACAUCAUCGAACGCUCUUACAACUACCUUGACCACAUCUGGACGGGCCCACGCUCCGAGUCUUGGUACCUCGAAUGCUUAGCCGUCCACCCUGAAUACCAGAACCAGGGCCAUGGCCGUGCCCUUGUCGCGAUGUGCGUGUGGCAAGCGCAAAAGGAAGGCAUCGCAUGCAGCGUGAUCGCCGCAGAUGGGAAGGAGAGGUUCUACCAGGCUUGUGGCUUUGAUAUUGGACCUGUCGGUAGGUCUGGCGAAGGGGAAGGUAAUCCCCUGAGGGAAGUACCCGGUGGCUUGGUGUUCUUCAAGGACAAGGAAGGUGUGGUGGUCCCCGACAGGGAGGUCGGAUCAUGGACGUAUGGGCACGGCGUGUUCGACUGGGAUAAAUGGAAGAAGGGCGUCGAAACCAAGAAGAUGACUGAUGCGUAG